GGCAAGAUGAGUGACACCCCAUGUACCAGUUUUUCCACGAUUCAGCCGACUUUCUCUGAAGGUCGGAUUCCCUCUUUUCGGCAUAUAAGCGUCACUCAACCUGUCGUGGCCAAACGGAUCAGCUUUUACAAGAGCGGAGACCCCCAAUUCGGCAGCGUCAGGGUGGUGGUCAACCCUCGUUCCUUUAAGACCUUUGAUUCUUUGCUGGACAACUUGUCCAGAAAAGUGCCCCUACCUUUCGGGGUGAGGAACAUCAGCACCCCUCGGGGAAGGCACAGCAUCACAAGCCUGGAGGAACUGGAGGACGGAGAGUCGUACCUGUGUUCCCAUGGUAAGAAGGUGCAACCGGUCGACCUGGACAUAGCCAGCCGGCGCCCCAAGCCCUGGCUCAGCAGCCGGGCUCUCACCGCGCACGCGCACGCGCCCCACCGCCCUGCUGCCACGGCUGCUUCCGGCAUGCUCCGCGCCCCGCGGAGGCUCAUGGUCUUCCGGAAUGGGGACCCGAGGACAAGGCGGACGAUCCUUCUGAGCAAGAGGGUCACCCAGAGCUUCGAGGGCUUUCUUCAGCACCUGACGGCUGUCAUGCAGUUCUCGGUGACCAAGCUGUACGCCACAGACGGAAGGAAGGUACCCAGUCUCCAGGCAGUGAUCCUGAGCUCAGGAGCUGUGGUGGCAGCAGGAAGGGAGCCAUUUAAACCAGGGAACUAUGACGUCCAGAAGUACCUGCUUCCUGCUAAAUUACCAGGGAUCUCGCAUCGUGUACACCGAAAGGGAAGUGCUAAGUCAGAAAGCAGAAAGAUGAACACACAUGUGCCUUCAGCCCCAGAGUCCCAGAUUUACUCAGUUUCUUUGGACAAAACACACAAUAAUGAUAGCUACUCAGACUGUUCUUUUGCUCCUGAAAAUUACUUGGCCUUAGAAAAAAAUGGUUCUCAAAACUUGUCAAUAUAUCCUACUGAAGAUGAUAUUGAGAAAUCAAUUAUUUUUAAUCAAGAUGGCACCAUGACAGUUGAGAUGAAAGUUCGGUUCAAGAUAAAAGGGGAGGAAAGUAUAAAAUGGACCACCACCGUCAGUAGAGCUGAUCUUUCUAAUAAGAAUGAGAAGAGUGCAAUAAGCAGCUUUCCGGAAAGAGGAGAUGAUCAGUCAUCGGGUUUAACGCUUGCAGCAUACUCCUUGUCUGCAGAUGCCUCACCUCUUGAGAAAGGCAGUAAUCAAGAGGGAAAUUUGGCAGAGGAGAUCAACACUCAAAUGACAGUGACGGGUCAAGGAGCUGAAACUUGCAGUUCUGCUAGUUGGGAGAAUGGUGCUAUAGAUACAGAUGUCAUCCAGGACACUCAAGAUCAAGUGAAGCAUCAGUUUUAUAGGCCUCCAACACCUGGGCCAAGAAGAGUGAGACAAAAGAAAUCCGUAAUAGGAAGCAUGACCUUAGUAUCUGAAACUGAGGUUCAAGAGAAACAGUUUUCUUACAGUGAAGAAAGGGAGGGUGGGGAAAACAAAUCUGAGUAUCACAUGUUCACACAUUCUUGCAGCAAAAUGUCAUCAUUAUCUAACAAACCAGUGCUUGUUCAGAUGGAUAAUAAUGAGCAAAUGGAGUCAUCUUUAGAAAGAAAAAAGGAAAGCAGACUGCUCAAAUCAAGUGCAGUAAGUGCUGGUGUUAUAGAAAUCUCAAGCCAGAAGAUGUUAGAGAUGUCCCAUAAUAAUAGCUUGCCAUUAACUGUAUCAGAGAAUUCCAUUGUUGAGGAAGGUGUGGUAUCGGGCAACAAAACUGGGAUCAAGAAUUUCAUAAUUUAUGAUGACAUCAAUGAUAGGUCCAGUUCUUUUUCAACAGAGGCAAUUCAUUCUUCAAGUGACAGCUCUGGAACUGACAAAAGCAUUUCUGAGGCACCAGCUUCAAAGGGGUCUUCUACAAGAAUUGACAGGCUAAUUAAUGAAUUUGCUCAGUAUGGUUUACAACAUCUUCCAGAAAGUGAAAAGGAGAUUCUGUCAUGUGUUGCCAGAAAAAAGAAGAAGAAAUCUCAGAAACUUGUGACAAAUUCCAGAUAUCAGGAUGAAGAAAUUGCAACAAAAGGAAUUCCCAGUCGGAAGGAGAGGAUCAACAGAGGAGGUAGAGUUGUACAACAAACCUUAUUGCAAGGUUCCCACAGUUCUCUUAAAAGAGGGAUGCUUUGUGAGGAAGACCUCCAUGCAAAUGACAUAAUAGCUGAAUCAAACAAUUCAUUUUCAAAAAGUAAUCUCACAGUAGGCAAUCCUCUAGUUGCCAAGAAUUUUCCUAGAAAGAAAUCAAAUAAUACUCAAAAUUCUAGGGUUCAAGGACUCCUAACCAAAAGAAAAUUGAAGUCCGUGAAGCAAGUCAGUUUGGGUGGACCUAAUAAGAAAGAGACUGGUAAUGGAGACAACGUACUUUCCUAUGAUGCAUCUAAAUAUUACAAAGGUACUUUUGAAAAUCAAAGUUUAUUUCAUGUACUUAACCUUGAACAAAAAUCCAAAGCUUUUUGUAGUCCGUCGUCUCAAGCAGAAAUGGCGUCUUGGUACUUGAGAGGAAUGGCAAAGAAAAGCUUAAUUUCAAACAUGAAUGAUUCACACAUAACUUUGAAAAGCCAGAAAAAAACAAAAGGGAACAGAUUAAAAUCAGGUGCCAUAGUAAGUAAACAAUAUGGUACAACCAGGGCAAAUUCCUUAGCUCUGAAAAGAGGUGAUUUUCCUAAUGAUAUUGCUCAUCUUUCAAUUCAGAAUUAUGUACAAAGGUGGUUGCAAAACAUAAAUACAUAUCCAACUGUAAAACUUAGAAAAGCAGCUCCAGUAUGCAAAAAUGAGAGGAGUGUGUUACGUUUUAACAAUAGUGGAUUUCUAGGAAAUAAUUUCCAUACAAGUUCUGGAAAAGGAAAUGGUUUUGUUAUGAAAGGUGAUAAGCACCCAGCUAAAAAUAAUGGUUUGGCAGAAAAUGAUCUAUCUACGGAGGUAGGUAAAUCUAUUACUAAAGAUAAUCGUGAAGAACUUAAAUGUGUCUUUGAGAAUCAAGUUGGACCUCUGAAAGAUUCUUGCUUAGUUUCACAGGGUAAAUAUCAGACUUUUUCACAGCCAACCACUAAUGAUUGUAGUACUAACAGACAGAUAUUAUCUGAAAAGACAGGAGCAGAGGACAGGCUUACUUACCAUGAAAUAAACCUAGCUACAAAGGAGCAAAGUGUGGAAGCUGCCAUUCAAGUAGAUUCUAUGGACACUCCAGAAGACUUCUUAUCAUUCUUGCUUCGUCAACUCCAAAUGUCAGCCUCUAAUGUGCACAAGUCUCAGAAUGGAGUUGUUCAAAUGCCAGCUUCCUUUUCAGAUAUUUCCUUCCCUUCUGUGAUAGGUAAUUCAUCCACUAAUAUUCUUCUAGCGUGGCUGAUAGUGCUAUACCUAAAGGGAAGUGUGAGUGGUUCCUGUCAAGGUGAUGCUGAAAAGACUAAAAACAGAUCUUCAGAGACACUUGCACUGUUGGAAGUUCUGAAGCACAUUGCUAUCACAGAGGAAGCUGGCGAUUUGAAGGCUACUGUAGCUGAUUUAGUGGAGUCAACCACACAUUACUUUGGGAUCAGUGAGGAAGAACAAGAUAAGGCUCCUGAAGACCUUUCUGAAAAUUGCUGCAUAGCCAAUGUUCAGAGUGCUGAGUGCGAUGAAAAGGAGAUAUUACAGAAAAUGUCAUCUUUGGAUGGAGAGUGUGCUGCUCAUGAGUCUGGUGUUGCUGAAGUCUGUGUUGCCCAGGUGACAUGCUCUCCCAGUGAGAUGUCUAGUAUGGGUAGGAUUUACCCUCUAAAAGAGACUUGUAAGCCCAAUGAAACUUUCCCCCCUAGUGACAGUUGUGUUGUAGAUAAGAUCUACGUGAACAAGGCUUCUUUUCUUGGAGAGAUCUGUUCAUUUACUGAUACUGUGUCUUCCCACACAGUUUGUGCUCAAAAGGAGAUCCAUAUUUACGAAACGGGUUGUCCAGUUGUUGAAUCUCACAUUCCCUGUAGGAUGUGCAAAAGCACUGAGUUGUUAAAUUCCAAUGAAAACAAAUGUUCUGAUAACUGGGAAUUAACUGAGGAGUUAGAAAAUGCAGAUAAAAUUCAGAAAGGCCCAAAUAUUUGGGCAGAUUCUGAGUGUAAAAAUGACUUUGAUUUAUUGUUAUCACAUCAAAAUGUCAGUAAUAUAAGCCCUUGUGGCCUUUAUCAAAAUAAAAUUGAGCCAAAAUUAGAAAAGAAACAUGAUUAUGUAGAUGAGUUUGACAGUUGUCCAAUGAAUAAAUUUCAGAGUAAAAAUGAAUAUACGUCCUUUGAUAAGGAAGAUUCAAGGACCUCUGAUGAUCCAGGCUCAGUAACCAACAGCAUAACAUCAAGUGAAAGAAGCAUUUCAGAAUUGGAGUCUUUUGAAGAAUUAGAUAGCCAGCACGCCAUCAUGUUUAACACAAAGAUAAAUAGAGGACAGCAAUCCAGGGAAGAAUCAGUUAAAAAAGAAUUAGAGGCUAGUAAAAAUGUGGAAUUGAUAGACAUAGUUGAUAAGAAUGUUACAGAAGAAAACAGAAAUGGUGUAACUUGUGAGACAAUUAGCAGGAGAUUGACAACACCACCAUCUUUAGUUUUUUGCUAUGAUUCUAAGCAAAAUCCUGAAAAAGAACUGAAAGAAGGGGAGACUAAGAUGGGAGUAAGAGCAAUGAUAAGAAGCAUGGAAAGUGGAAGCUAUUCAGCCACCUCUUCUUAUUUUAAAAAGUGCUUUAAAAGUCCAGUGGCUUCUGAUUGGUCAGAUGACAGACCAGACAGUGAGAGUGAGCAGUCCUAUAAAACGCCCAGUGAUGGCAUGUCCAGUGAUUUUGCCCAAGAAAAAGAAUACAAUAAAGGAUUUGUUAAAAGGGCAAUAGAAAAGCUUUCUGGUAAAUCAGAGAUUACUAAACCAUCUUUUUUACCUGGGUCUACACACAGAUCUCAAGUUUGCCCAUACAAUUCUGUAGAAUUUCAGUCAGCUAGGAAAACAGGUCACAGUGAUUCUGAAGUUCAGUCACCAGUGUUGCAGGAAUUACUGGAGGAAAAACAAGACACAUGCAAUACUAAUAGUGUAAGGGACAGUUGUCAAAGGGGCAAACUUGUAGAACAUGGUUCAAAACAAAAUAAUCACAACAGAAUCUCUAGAGAUAAAGAGGAAGGAAUACUGAUUGACAAGGGCAAGUGGCUUCUGAGAGAAAAUCAUCUGCUGAGGGUCUCGUCUGAGCAUCCUGGCAUGUAUGGCAAUGCAGAUUCCACAUCAGUUGAUACGCUACUUGAUAAUACCAGCAAUGAGGUCCCUUAUUCACAUUUUGGAAAUUUGGCUGCAGGCCCAACUAUGGCUGAACUUUCCUCCUCAGAAGUGGAAGAAUUUAUGCAACCUGUCGAAUUGAAAUGCAAUUACUUUAAUAUCCCUCAUUGUAGUGACUCUGAGCCUUUUGGUGACGAUGUGGUAGAUGUUAAAAGGAAAACCUGUGCCAAGGAGAACAGGCCAAUACACAAUGCAGAGGAAAAGGGUAAUCAUCAGUCAGAAAGAGUUUGUCCAACUGCCACUCAUGCCUUUACAUCUGCUGGUAACAAAGUUCACCCUAUAACUCCUGAUGUUAUUAAAACCCAACCAUUGCCUGGCAGUGCUGUGACUCAUAGGGCUGUUCAGGAAGGUGACUCUUUGGAUAAACUGUAUACUCUUUGUGGUCAGCAUUGCCCAAUACUAACUGUUAUUAUCCAUCCUGUAAAUGAGGAACAGCGAGGAUUUGCAUAUUGCAAAGAUUCUGAUAUUGAAAAUUCUUGGGGUUUCUGUUUAUGGAAGAAAUAUCUACCACAAUCAAAUGGAAACAUUUUUGAGCAUAACAAUAGAGCCAGUAUUAGAAAACAAGCUAUUGACAAGGCCAUUGUUGAUAAAUCCAAUCAGUUUUAUUUGCAUAGCAUGAUUGACUUGGUAGAUAAAAGAAGAAAAUCAGAUGUAAUUGACUACUUGAACACACAAGAAGAAAGUAAUUUAAAGAUACUUAAGUCAUACUCUGCAAAAAGGUUUUUCUUGACUUGCUUGUACGCAUCGUGGCUAGUUGUCAGUGAUAUGAAUCCAGAUACUCAACAUUUCAGUAGCUGGGUAAAUGACAACUUUAAAGCAGUUGAUGAGAAUAGCAACUUAUUAUAUUACCGAUUCCAGGACUCAAGAACAAAUCUUAGUCAAGUAGUAAGAGAAAAUAUCAAUUGUUACUUCUUUUUGGAUAUAUUUAAUCAAGCCUGCUUAUUAGAUAUUUGUGAAAUUGAGGUAACCUUCAAUAUUAGCAACAGGAAUGUGUUAGAAAUACUUUAUAUUUUGCGACUGAGAAUCUCUUCAUUUGGGGAGAUUAACUAA